GGGCCCUGGCUUUACACCCUCUUUAAAUACAGGUCAGUAGUUCUCCUGGCUAGUUAUUUCCACGCGUCUGUCAUUCUGAACCAUGGCUGAGUCUAACUUCCCUCUUCCCCCGGACUCCUACACUUGCCUUCUGUGCGCGGACGUACUGCGAGACCCGGUCACCAUCUCCUGUGGAGACACAUACUGCCUGGAGUGCAUCAAGAUCUACUGGGACCAGUUUGACCACCUGGGGGUGUACAGCUGCCCGCAGUGCCGGGCCACAUUCACCCCACGGCCUGUUCUGAGGCGCAACGUGCCCAACGUGACCCAGGAGUGCCGGCAACAUCCGGAGCUGCUGCCGUUCCCCAACCUCCAGAGGGAUUCGCUGUGUGACUUCUGUGUCGGCCGCCGCAGCAAGGCCGUCAAGUCCUGUCUCAUGUGCCUGGCCUACUACUGCGAGACGCACAUCAAGCCGCACUACGAGUCGGCCACCUUCAAGAGGCACAAGCUGGUAGACGAGACGGGUCACCUGGACAGGAAGAUCUGUCCGCAGCACGAGAAGGGCCUGGAGCUUUUCUGCCGCUCAGACCAGAUGUGUAUCUGUGUGCUGUGUACCGUCAGGGAGCACCGCAGCCACAACAUAAUCUCCGCUGAGGAGGAGCGCGCUGAGAAACAGAAAAACCUGGUGGUGACCCAGUCUGAGGUCCAGCACAUCAUUCAGGAGCGGAUGAAGGAACUGCAGGUGUUGAGACACAGUGUAGAUGUACUGAAGAACAAUGCCCAGCGGGCCAUGUCGGAAAGCGAUAAGAUCUUCAGCGAGAUGCUACAGGCGGUGGAGCGAUGGCACACGGAGGUGAGUCAGCUGAUUAAGGCCAACAUGCAGGCGGCCAUGUCGCAGGCUGAGGGCUACGUGGAACGGCUGGACCAGGAGAUCCUAGAGCUUCAACGCAGAGACGUAGAGCUGCGCCAGAUCCUGGACACCGAGGACAACAUCCACUUCCUUCAGAAUUUCCCCACACUUUGUGUGCCACCUGAGCCCAUGGUGCCCAAAGUCCUGGUGAACCCACAGUUUUCCUUUGGGGAGGUCACCAAGACUGCCACCGACAUGAAGGAGCAUCUUGAUGACAUCUGUAAGAAGGAGCUGAGCAAAAUCGCCAAGCUAGUAAGUGAUACACCUGUGUAUAUACUUUCACCAAGAGGUGGAGACAAACGAUUCAAAGUUCCCUCCAGGGUAGAUUUUCAGGAACCCAAAACUAGAGCAGACUUCUUGAGAUAUUCCUGUCCGCUCACCUUUGACCCCAACACAGCCUACAAGGAGCUGCUUCUGUCUGAAGGGAACCACAAAGUCAUGCGCAAGAAGCCAGUCCAGUUUUACCCUGACCACCCUGAGCGCUUCGAUGGCUUCUCCCAGGUUCUGUGCAGGGAGUCCCUGGGUGGCUUCCGGUACUACUGGGAAGCGGAGUGGAGUGGGGAGUUCUCCAUCGGAGUGGCCUACAAGAGCAUUAGCCGCAAGGGUAAGAACUCUAACAGUCUGCUGGGCUACAACGACAAAUCCUGGAGCCUGCUCUGCUCUGACUCGGGCUACUCUGCCUGGCACAACAAGAUGGACAAGGACCUGCCAGAGGCCCCGCGGGCCACUCGGAUCGGAGUCUACCUGGACUACGCUGCCAACACAGUGGCCUUCUACUCCGUGUCAGACGCCAUGGAACUCAUCCACAAAUUCAAAGCCCAGUUCUCUGAGCCCCUGUACGCUGGCUUUGGAGUGGGCUCCUCGGUGUCCCUCUGCCAGCUAAAGAAAAACUUCCAACCUUACUGACUACUGAGUGGGAACACGCUCUACUCUGUGUUAACAGGACUAUAUAAUCUACACGAUACUAAUGAUGCACACUAUGAAACAAUUCAAUUCAGCUGAUUUUAAUAAUAAAUUAUAAAACAGUAUGAGUGAAGUUAAUCAUAUUUCCAAUGAUAAAACUAACUAAUCAGAUCAAUGUAUUUACUUCAAUAUUUUGUCAAGCAUGUUUUUGCAUUUGUUGAAAAUGGAUCAAAUAAAGACUUGACUUAGACCAA